GACAAAUACACAUUCAUUAAACAGUUUCAAGCAGUACCAAAUACUAUCACGUUUAAAACACAAUGAGAAAAAAGAUAUUUCUGCUGGCUGUCAGUGUGUUUAUUCACGUUUUUUGUGAAGACCCAGGGCAGUUCUUUUUGACAGCUGCCAAAAGCGUACCCAGAAUAGGGCGAAGUCCUAACAGGAACCCCAAUUUGGAUUUCGAAAAGUUCUUUUUGAAGGCCUCCAAGUCGGUGCCUAGAAUAGGAAGGGGCAACGACAACCCGUUUAAUAUGAAUCAGAAUUCUUGGGAAGGUCCUAUUAGAUAUUUAACAUGGAAAGAUCUGGAUAGUUUUUUCGAGUAUCAUCCUGAUUUGCUUGCGACAGCAGAUUCAAAUUAUUUGCGCUUGUUUGACGAGGAUUCAUCUGAUCCCUCAGAAGUACGUGUUAAAAGAUCACCAUUUAUUUACGCUAAGCCACAGAAAAAAAAUUAAUAGCUUAUUUACAAAAUUUAUG